AUGGUGCGGACUUAUGUAGACUUGGAUAAUGGCUACUAUAACGGUGUCAUGCCCGGAAUCAUCCUGCGAGAUCAUGAACUGAUAAAGCGUAUAUUCAUCCAAGACUUCCAGUAUUUCACAGGACGACAGGUCAUGGCCUCCGUGUCAAAAAACCUCGCCGUGAACGAGGUGCGAAUUAGCAGGGUACGUGGCGACGAUUGGCGCCACUUGAAGAAAAUCAUUCUUCCCGCCUUCAAGACGGGCAAUAUCAAAAAGGCCGUUCCGCUGGUGAAAGAAUGCGUGGAGGAAUGUUUCCGGGCGAUGGACUGCAGGCUCGCUGGCUCAGACGGCUGCAUCGAGGUGUUCGAGCCAUUCUGCAUCAUGGCCACUGACUUCGGUCUGCAGUUCUUCGCCGGCGCUCGCACGGACAUCCAGCGGGACGACGCGUCUACGCUGGCUCUGUGCAAGGCGGCGCGCCAAAGUGUGGGCCAGUUCGGAGGCACCUUGCUUUUUUUUCUCAAUAUCCUCCCAGACAGUCCAUUAUUACACAAAAUUAUUGUCGCCGUUAAGUCUAUUUUCGCUCAACUACCCUCGGACGAGAUGACAGACAGGAUGGUUCCUAUCAUCAAUCACCGCAGAGAAAACCCUGAUCCCACCAAGGAGGACGUACUUCAAUUGAUGUUAAACUCGGAAAAAGAAGAAAGGAAGAACAACGGAAAAAUCGGAGGCAAGUGUUGUUGACUGCCAACAAUAUUACGUAUCUGUUAAUUUAUUUAUUUAUUUAUCUCUUUAUUUAUUUAUUUAUUUAUUUAUUUUUGCCAUGAAAGUGAUUAGAACAGUGAGCGUUCACAAUUUCCUGGCAUUGCGCGAUUCAGCAGAAUAAUGCAAUUACAUUACAUUUCACCUUAACGGCCCUUCACGGGUGCUCAGGUAACAUUUCGCUCGAACGAAAGUUCCUUAAAGAGAACUCAAGCAAAAAUGUAAAACCAAGCGCUUCUGUCAGCGUAAUCACUGUGUGAUAUCUUCUUUUGUUUGGAGAAGGCAAGAGAGCAUGCGAAAGAGAAAGCAAGGAGAUAAAAUGCAUAGAAGUCAACCAGACGAGCGUCCUGUUUGCUAGCCUACACUGGAGAUAAGGACAAGGGGGAAUAGAAAAAAGGAAAAGCGUGAGCAUUGAAUGCACGUUGGAGAAUGUACAGGGGCGAUACAGACCGUGUUAUUCAUGGGCGCCAUCACAUUGACACAUGUACUUGUGCAUUGAAGGACCUGUUUCAUCGUCUAACAAGUGUUAUUGCUCAGCGCUGGACGCGCCUGCGUGUACCGAAAGAUUCUAGAAAGUAUCCAUGG